CGAGAAAAACUAUACAUGCAUAUAUCUAUAUGGUCUGUCCCCAAGCACCCAACAGAACCCAAUUUCCAAAUUGCAACAAUAAGAGAAAUAAAAGAGCAUAAAAAUUCAACGGAAUUGAUUCCUCAUGAUCAGAAUAUAUAUUAUUCUUAUCUCUUUGUAGUCUCUUCAAUAAACAGCAACUAUUGUUUUUCCUCUCUUAUUAGUUCCUUUUUUAUAGCACCGCUAAGUUUUACAGGGGGGGGGUCCACAAAAUAGUCACCUUUGAAGUUAGGUCAGCUAGGGAUCAAUAAUUUGGACUCCCAAUUUAAAAGUGAGACAAUGAAAUAGUUUGCCGUUUAAAACAAAACAAAACCACCAAAAAAAAAAAAAAAAAAAAGGGUUUGAUUGUCUGGGAGACAUGAAGAGUAAAUAAUUGAGCAUAAGUUUCAUGUAAAUAAUUGAGCAUGAGCAGGUUGCUGAAACCCUUUUGGGUAUAGGGAAAGUACUACUAAAAUGUAAUCCAGCCAAUGAAGUAAAAAAGAGAGAAUAUAAAUAUAGCCGGAAGCUACUACUUCGCCUCAACCCUGUAAAGUUUUACUUUCUAUAUUAAUUACUUAAAGUGAUCGACAAAAUAUAAUAAUUUUGAAAAAAAAAGAUUUUGAGAAAUUCUCGACCAUCAAGCAUAGUCUACCAUCCUAUUCAUACAUACAUUUGUAUAUAUAUAUAUAUAUAUAUAUAUUUUCCCUGGGAAAUUAAACCCUAGAUUCUGUCUACAAAUGCUCAUCAAUCACUUCCCAAAUCCUACAAAAAAUUAAAGAUGGAAUUUUUCAGCCCCGGUCCUCUCACAAAACUGUGGAAAUAGAAAUUCAAAAACAGUCCCAAAAAGUUUUCAAAUCUAUCACUUACCUAAUUAGCUAUAAAAAUGCAUCCUAAGGUAAGAAAAGACAACCCAUAAUCAAUGGUUCCCUCCCUUGGUGGCAAUAUUAUAUUAUUAUACUAAAUUACUAAUUUAUUUACUUCCAAAUCAGAAAGAAAAAAAAAAAAAAGGGGUCUUAAUUAAUUUACCAUCACUUUGUUUGUCCACUAAUUAUGUCUCAAUUCUUUUUAUGUAAUUGGCAUUUCAAGACAUGGCAAGAAAAUAAACAAAUGCAUAUAUAAUUUAUCAAAUAAUUUUUUUUUUAAAUUUAAAACAAAAAAAUAAAAAUAAAAAUACAAAAGUGGGCACGGAGCAGAUAGCGAUCCUCUUUCCACUAUUUCAUUAGGCAUAGUAUAUAUUUCAGGACCUAGGGAUAAGUAGGUUUUUGAAGGCUUUUGUUUUGUUCCAAUUGUUUUUCCAUGUUCCAAUGCUUUGUGAUCUAUAUCUUUCAUUCUUUCUCGGCAAUAAUAUUUUCAAGUACCAUAGCCGAGAAGAAAACAAUAGCGGCAUCCAACACCAAUACCGUCAAAGAAACACAGGUAUUCGGCUUUCGGGCUUUGAAUAUAUAAAAAGGUACGGAAUGAAAAAAAUGUCAUUUUUUUAAUGCUAACAAAUCUUUAAAUAAAAAUACACCAUCUAUAUAUUUAUACAUACAUAGUAUAAAUAUGUUUAUAUAUAUAUAUAUAUAUAUGUAUAGUUUUGGUUAAUGUAUAUGGUAUAUAUAUUUAUAUGUAUAGCGAGUUAGUUUAAUCCUCCCUCGGACCCCAAUAUUGGACAAGCCGUCUCUGGAACUGGUCCAUUGUUGUACUUUUUUUGUGUUUGUUUUUCUGUCUCUGGGGCAAAACUCGGAUAAACAUGUGCCCUGGUACUGAAUCUCGAGGAAUUAUAAAUGGCCGAGAGCUUUUGAUUCCAAAGGAUGGUGGUGAAGAUUACCAUGAAGACAAAAUGAGAGCUAGAGAUCAUGAACAAGUCGGCGCAGGCGGCUUCAAUGUUCAAGGUUUUCUUCAACGCUAUUUACCGGCCGAUAGUUUUCUCCGAACACUACCACUUAGUGAGGUGAGCGAAGAGAUGCGAUCAUUAGUGAAGAUUGCAUGUCCCAUAAUAAUGACAACCCUGCUUAUAUACUCCAGGUCCAUUAUUUCCAUGCUCUUCUUGGGUCGUCUAGGGAAAAUAGAGCUAGCCGGAGGUUCAUUGGCACUUGGGUUUGGAAACAUCACCGGCAACUCUAUCCUCAGAGGCCUCGCCACGGGUAUGGACCCGAUAUGUUGCCAAGCUUAUGGAGCAAAAAGAUGGUCAGUUAUCAGCCAAACUUUCCAGAAAACUCUCUGUCUCCUUCUACUCGUUUCUCUACCCAUUUCAAUCUUAUGGUUGAAUGUUGAAACCAUCUUUAUAUGGCUGGGUCAGGACCCAGAAAUCACAAAAGUAGCCAAGGUUUACAUGUUUUUUUCCAUUCCAGAAUUGCUAGCUCAAGCUCAUCUCCAUCCAUUAAGGAUCUUCUUAAGAACUCAAGGCUUGACUGUUCCUCUAACCAUCGCCGCCACUUGCUCUGCUAUCCUUCACCUCCCGAUCAACUACUUCCUGGUGACAUACAUGAAAUUGGGUGUGGAAGGGGUAGCAUUGGCUCUUGCUUUCAACACUUUGAACUUAGAUGUUGGGUUGGUGAUUUAUCUAGCAGUCUCUAGUAAACCUUUGAAACCUUGGCAUGGCAUUACAAUUCUCUCAGCCUUUCAAGACUGGAAACCAUUGCUGAGUUUAUCACUUCCAAGCUGUGUCUCGGUGUGCUUGGAAUGGUGGUGGUAUGAGAUUAUGCUGUUUCUCUGCGGUUUAUUGAGCAAUCCACAGGCCAGUGUGGCGGCGAUGGGCAUCCUGAUUCAAACAACAGGGCUGUUGUAUGUGUUCCCAAUUUCUUUAAGUGCCGGCUUGACAACACGAGUUGGCCAUGCCUUGGGCGCUGGGCAACCAAGCCGUGCCCAGUGGACAACCAUAAUAGGGCUCACAGUGGCAUUUGCGUUUGGACUCUCAGCCUUCAUUUUCAUGACAGUGAUGAGGAAGUCGUGGGGAAAGUUGUACACAGAUGAACAACAGAUUCUUGAUUUAAUUUCAACGGCACUGCCAGUGCUGGGACUGUGUGAACUCUGCAACACUCCACAAACAGCAGCCUGUGGAGUCUUAACAGGUACUGCACGUCCUAAUCUCGGUGCCAGAAUAAACUUGUUUGCAUUUUACGUCGUUGGAUUGCCAGUUGCUAUUAUUGCAACUUUCUCGUUCAAAAUUGGUUUUCUGGGGCUUUGGAUUGGGCUACUAUCGGCUCAGUUUUCUUGUCUGUCUAUGCUGCUGUACACAUUACUUCGAACAGAUUGGAAGCACCAAAGCAGGCGAGCCGCAGAGCUGACUUCAGUUGGAGAAGGUAAAGAGAGGGAGAGAGAAGAAGAGGACAACAACAACGACGAAGAAAGUGGCCUACUUACCAGUGAUGAUGUCUAAGUUUCAAGAAUCUAAGUGGGUCUAUUGCAACCUCUUUUCACAAGAGUAUCAAGGAGAAGUUACAGCACAAAAGGAAGAAUCAUUCCCUUGUGGAGAAAUUGGAGGGUCUUUUCUUUUUUCUCUUAUUAUUUUCUUACGGUUGUGAUG